CUGUGCCCCUUCCCUCUGUGGGUACACGGUCUGCCCCCCACCCCAGCUCUCCAAAGCGCACCGGCCUCCCUGGAGGCCGAGGUCGAGGGCCCGUCGCACCGGGAGGGCGGGCUCCCAGGGGUGCCCCACGCACGGUCAAGGUCCCGUGCCAAGCGGGGACCGAGCUAGGCCGGAAGCGGGCACGGUACCCGCGGCAAACUAGCGUGGGCGAGUCCUGAUUGCAGUCGGACCUGCCGCCGCGGCACUUAACAGUUUGCAAAGUGCUUCCCGCCCCUGAUCUCAUUGGAGCCUUCGGACGGCCCAGCCCAUGGCCACCGAUGCCCCCAUUUCACGCCUGAGGAAGCGGAGGCUCAGACGGGCCACCAGCCCCUCCGGAGGCUGGCCCGGGAGUGCCUGGCAGCGUCGGGUCUAGGAGCCGGCUCCCUCCUGCUCCCUCCUCCGCGCCGCCCGGGGUGUGCCCGCCGUCUGUGUGCACCACUGCUGAGCCCAGCUCCCGCGCCCUCGCCUCUGCUGUGGGCCCCGGGGACACGGGGUCAGGCCUCCGCGUUGGCCAAGCCACUGCAGGUAGGCACGGCCCCCGCCAGGCGCCAUGGACUGGAAGACACUCCAGGCCCUACUGAGCGGCGUGAACAAGUACUCCACAGCGUUCGGGCGCAUUUGGCUGUCAGUGGUGUUCGUCUUCCGGGUGCUGGUGUACGUGGUGGCUGCAGAGCGCGUGUGGGGGGAUGAGCAGAAGGACUUCGACUGCAACACCAAGCAGCCCGGCUGCACCAACGUCUGCUACGACAACUACUUCCCCAUCUCCAACAUCCGCCUCUGGGCCCUGCAGCUCAUCUUCGUCACAUGCCCCUCGCUGCUGGUCAUCCUGCACGUGGCCUACCGUGAGGAGCGGGAGCGCCGGCACCGCCAGAAGCACGGGGACCAGUGCGCCAAGCUGUACGACAACGCAGGCAAGAAGCACGGAGGCCUGUGGUGGACCUACCUGUUCAGCCUCAUCUUCAAGCUCAUCAUUGAGUUCCUCUUCCUCUACCUGCUGCACACUCUCUGGCAUGGCUUCGACAUGCCGCGCCUGGUGCAGUGCGCCAACGUGGCCCCCUGCCCCAACAUCGUGGACUGCUACAUUGCCCGACCCACCGAGAAGAAAAUCUUCACCUACUUCAUGGUGGGCGCCUCCGCCGUCUGCAUCGUACUCACCAUCUGUGAGCUCUGCUACCUCAUCUGCCACAGGGUCCUGCGAGGCCUGCACAAGGACAAGCCUCGAGGGGGCCGCAGCCCCUCGUCCUCCACCAGCCGAGCUUCCACCUGCCGCUGCCACCACAAGCUGGUGGAGGCUGGGGAGGUGGAUCCAGACCCAGGCAAUAACAAGCUGCAGGCUUCAGCACCCAACCUGACCCCCAUCUGACCACAGGGCAGGGGUGGGGCAACAUGGGGGCUGCCAAUGGGACACGCAGGGCAGUGUGGCAGGUUGGAGAGGUCCUACAGGGGCUGAGUGACCCCACUUUGGGUUCACUAAGCUAUGCAACUUUCAUUUUGGCAGAUAUUUUUUGACACUGGGCACUGGGCUGUCUAGCCAGGUAUAGGUAACCCACAGGCCCAGUGCCAGCCCUCAAAGGACAUAGACUUUGAAACAAGCGAAUUAACUAUCUAUGCUGCCUGCAAGGGGCCACUUAGGGCACUGCUAGCAGGGCUUCCAGCUAACCCAGGAAGGGGUGAUCAGGAGAGGCUUCCCUGAGGACAUAAUGUGUAAGAGAGGUAAGAAGUGCUCCCAAGCAGAGACAACAGCAGCACAGAGGUCUGGAGGCCACACAAAAAGAGAUGCUCGCCCUGGGCUAGCCUCAGCAGACCUAAGGCAUCUCCACUCCCUCCAGAGGAGCCGCCCAGAUUCCUGCAGUGGAGAGGAGGUCUCCCAGCAGCAGCAGGUCUGGAGGCCUGAGAAUGAGCCUGACUAGAGGUUCUGGAGAUACCCAGAGGUCCCCCAGGUCAUCACUUGGCUCAGUGGAAGCCCCUUUCCCCAAAUCCUACUCCCUCAGCCUCAGGCAGUGGUGCUCCCAUCUUCCUUCCCACAACUGUCUCAGCCUGGUGACAGCCUUUCAGACCCUGCUCCCAGGGACUUGGGUGGAUGCGCUGAUAGAACAUCCUCAAGACAGUUUCCUUGAAAUCAAUAAAGGCUGUGUUUUAUA